GCGGGUGUGAGGCGGUGCGCAGGGGCGGGCGGAGGCGCUGUCCGGCCCCGGCCAGGCGCCAGGCGGGGAGCAUGGGAAGGGGCUAGAGCUGCUCGGGCCCCCCAGCCCCCUCCCCGGGAUCCGCGCCCCCGCUCCGGGGAGAGGGGCCGGGCCCGCCGGACGGACAUGGGCUCCUGAAGUUGCGCCGCCACCGGUCCUGGGAAGAGGCCUGACAGGUAAUUAAAUGUGUGUCUUGUGGACCUGGGCUUGGCUGGAAUGCUCAAGGGUCCUGAAGAUCCUUCUAUAGCUUCCUUCUGUUGAAUCCAUUAAGAGAAGAUGGCAAAAGUCAACAUAACUAGAGACCUCAUCUGUAGGCAGAUAAAGGAGCGGGGUGCCCUGAGCUUUGAGCGGCGCUACCAUGUCACUGACCCCUUUAUCAGACGGCUGGGCCUGGAAGCAGAGCUGCAGGGUCACUCAGGAUGUGUCAACUGUCUGGAGUGGAAUGAGAAAGGAGACUUGCUGGCCUCUGGUUCUGAUGACCAGCACACGAUUGUGUGGGACCCGCUGCACCAUAAGAAGCUGCUUUCCAUGCACACAGGACACACUGCAAAUAUCUUUUCUGUCAAGUUCCUGCCUCACGCUGGGGACCGCAUCUUGAUCACAGGGGCAGCUGACUCCAAGGUGCAUGUCCACGACCUGACAGUAAAGGAGACGAUCCACAUGUUUGGAGACCACACAAACCGGGUGAAACGCAUCGCCACGGCGCCCAUGUGGCCCAACACAUUCUGGAGCGCUGCUGAGGAUGGGCUUAUCCGCCAGUAUGACCUUCGGGAGAACAGCAAACACUCGGAGGUGCUGAUUGACCUGACAGAGUACUGUGGCCAGCUGGUGGAGGCCAAGUGCCUCACCGUCAACCCCCAGGACAACAACUGCCUGGCAGUGGGGGCCAGUGGGCCCUUUGUGAGGCUCUAUGACAUUCGCAUGAUCCAUAACCACAGAAAGAGCAUGAAGCAGAGCCCUUCAGCAGGUGUGCACACCUUCUGUGACCGGCAGAAGCCCCUUCCGGAUGGUGCAGCCCAGUAUUACGUAGCAGGUCACCUGCCAGUGAAGCUGCCCGACUACAACAACCGUCUGAGAGUGCUGGUCGCCACCUAUGUGACCUUCAGCCCCAAUGGCACAGAGCUGCUGGUCAACAUGGGAGGAGAGCAGGUCUAUUUGUUUGACCUGACUUACAAGCAGCGGCCGUACACCUUCCUCUUGCCUAGAAAAUGCCACUCCUCAGGGGAAGUUCAGAAUGGCAAGAUGUCCACCAAUGGUGUGUCCAACGGUGUGUCCAAUGGCCUGCACCUUCACAGCAACGGCUUCCGGCUGCCAGAGAGUAGAGGACAUGUCAGCCCCCAAGUAGAGCUGCCCCCAUACCUGGAGCGUGUGAAACAGCAAGCCAAUGAGGCUUUUGCCUGCCAGCAGUGGACCCAGGCCAUUCAGCUUUACAGCAAGGCCGUGCAGAGGGCCCCUCACAACGCCAUGCUCUACGGGAACCGAGCUGCUGCCUACAUGAAGCGCAAGUGGGAUGGUGACCACUACGAUGCCCUGAGGGACUGCCUCAAGGCCAUUUCCCUAAACCCAUGCCACCUGAAGGCGCACUUCCGCCUGGCCCGAUGCCUCUUUGAGCUCAAGUACGUGGCUGAGGCCCUGGAGUGCCUGGAUGAUUUCAAAGGGAAGUUCCCGGAGCAGGCCCAUAGCAGCGCUUGUGAUGCACUGGGACGCGACAUCACGGCCGCCCUCUUCUCCAAAAAUGAUGGUGACGAGAAGAAGGGAGCUGGUGGUGGUGGCAGCGGCCCCGUCCGCCUCCGCAGCACGAGCCGCAAGGACUCCAUCUCAGAGGACGAGAUGGUGCUGCGGGAGCGAAGCUACGACUAUCAGUUCCGCUACUGUGGCCACUGCAAUACCACCACAGACAUCAAGGAGGCCAAUUUCUUCGGCAGCAACGCUCAGUACAUCGUCAGUGGCUCUGAUGAUGGCUCCUUCUUCAUCUGGGAAAAGGAGACCACCAACCUGGUCCGCGUGCUCCAGGGGGACGAGUCCAUCGUCAACUGCCUGCAGCCACACCCCAGCUACUGCUUCUUGGCCACCAGCGGCAUCGACCCCGUUGUGCGGCUGUGGAACCCCCGGCCAGAGAGUGAAGACCUCACAGGCCGAGUUGUGGAGGACAUGGAGGGUGCUUCCCAGGCCAACCAGCGGCGCAUGAAUGCGGACCCGUUGGAGGUGAUGCUGCUCAACAUGGGCUAUCGGAUCACAGGCCUGAGCAGUGCAGGUGCUGGGGCCUCUGACGAUGAGGACAGCUCCGAGGGCCAGGUGCAGUGCCGGCCCAGCUAGGCCCUCCUAGCCCUGGUCCCCAGCCCCUGCUACCGGCUGGGACCUCCACCCCUGGGCAGGAGGUCAGGGGGCUCUGUUUUGGUUUGUCUUCCCCUUCCCCCCAUUUUUUCCUUUUCCCUGUUUUGUUUGUUAGUUUGGCAUUGGGGGUGGGGAUUGCUACAACUUGCUGGCUUUUGGACUUUUGGGCAAUUGCCCCUUGACUGGCCCCAGCCCUGAGCAGAAGAGCAGGAGGAGAAGCCCCUCCAUAUGCCCACCACCACCUUGCACUUCCGUGUCCCUGGAGGGCUCCGGCCUGCCUCGGGUGGGGAGGCAAGGGCUGAAGCUGUCUUCAAGGACUGACCUACCCUUCAGUUGGCAGCAGAAAGGGGAGUGGAAUUCCCAGUCCAUAAGGGCUAGCCUUGACCUGUUACCAUUCUCGCUUCUGGUGGGCAAGGCUAGCUCCCUCCUGGUCUUCAGGGAAGGUUCUGAAAAAGCAUAGGGUGCCCCCUUCCUUGCAGAGCCACUCUGUCAGGGUGGAAACAGAAGUAAGGAUGGGAGCCCUGGAGGGGCAAGGUCAAGCCACUGCUUCCUUGCAGUACAGCAUCCCUGCCCUCCUCCCAGGCACUGGCUCUGGGUCCUGCGCCCGCCCUCACUGGCCACCCCUGGGGGCUUAGCCUUUCCCAAGGGCCCUGGCAGUGUGGGGCACCACACCAUUCCCCACCCAUCUGUGCCAGCCCUUCUGCACUCUGGAGGGCCACUCUUCCUUCGGGCGCUCUUCAGCCUCACUGUGACCUUU